AAGAUGGCGGCGGCGCGGCGGCUGUGCGCGGCGGCGGGGCUGGGCGGGCGGUUCUGUCACAUGCUGUUAAAAGAUCAUAAUCUGACAACUCGCCAGCCUUUCCACCAGCUUCUGCAAAAGAAACCAUCUCUUCCAUCUGCAGCAUGGCAUCGUGCAGCAAGAGGCAUGUUUAUUCAAACCCAGGACACACCAAAUCCAAAUAGCUUGAAGUUUAUUCCAGGAAGGGCAGUGCUGGAGUCGAGGACUAUGGAGUUUUCCACACCAGCUGCAGCCUAUUGCUCACCUUUAGCAAGACAGUUAUUCCGGAUUGAGGGAGUUAAAAGUGUUUUCUUUGGGCCAGACUUCAUCACAAUCACCAAGGAGAGUGAAGACCUGGAUUGGAACUUACUGAAACCAGAUAUUUAUGCAACCAUAAUGGACUUCUUUGCCUCUGGCUUACCUGUAGUUACUGAUGAGGCACCUAGGACAGACACAGCUGCUUCAGAAGAAGAUGAUGAAGUUGUACUGAUGAUUAAGGAGCUGCUGGAUACAAGAAUCAGGCCCACGGUGCAGGAGGAUGGUGGUGAUGUUAUUUACAAAGGCUUUGAGGACGGGAUUGUGCUGCUGAAGCUGCAGGGCUCGUGCACCAGCUGCCCCAGCUCCCUCAUCACCCUCAAGAGCGGGAUCCAGAACAUGCUGCAGUUCUACAUCCCUGAGGUGGAAGGCGUUGAGCAGGUUGUUGACGAUGAUGAUGACGUGGAGAAAAAAGCAAAUUCUACUUGACUUCGUCAUCUGUGGCCAGAUAAACAUUUACCUCCUGCUGUAUGUAAACCACCUUUGUGUGAGGAGCAACCAAAUCUGCCUUGUCAGAAAAACAGUUGUGCUUACUGUGAGAAUGUACCAGCAGUUCAUCCACUAACUUAUUAAAUGCCCUGGAUUACAAAAAAAUUAUUCUGCUAUGUCUUUAGAAAGAAAUGGUGGGCUCAGAAAACAGUGAUGUAUUUCUUCAUUGUUUUUUCAUACAGAAACUUCAGUACUGGAAAAAAGAGAAGGCAGAAUUUCCUUGGCUUUUUUGUGCAAUAGCAGUAUUAAAUGGUUAUUCCCCCAAACUGUGGGACUGACAGGACUCUGUGCUUACUCUGUAAAUGAAAGCUUUGGGAAUGUUUUAUUAAGUCUUGUUAAAAAGCUGCUGAUUCCUAUAAAAUUUCUGUGUGUGAAAGAUAACCUA